AUGGAUGAUGUAACGGUACCAUGCAAGUGGACGAAUGAACAUUACAGCCCAGAAAGAUGGAUCUCGGAGCUGAGUGACGGUCCGUUUCUCGAGAAUGCAGAAAAACAACUCACUGUCCUCCGUCUAUACGAGAAAGCCACUGAAGACAUGAUUCAGGAUAUGGAAGACACUAAACGUGAGAUGGGAUCCUUGAGAGAUGAUCUUUCUCAGAAUUGGCGGAAUGCUACCGGUAGUCAUGCACAAAGAUAUUUCGACAUGCUUGCUAAAACCAACUCUAUCAUCCGUAACCACAAGUCGCUGAUGACUAGGUUUGUAAUUCCGUAUCUCUACUGUGCCAGCAACAUAGAUUCGUUGAAGGAAGCCAUCCAUAUGGUAAAGGAGAGUAGCGCGUAA